AGGACACCACCUUCCUUUGGCAACCAAAAAGUCACUCCACCCCCUUCCAUUUGUAUUUCACUAACAUGCGCCAUCACCCCAUUUUCUCUCUCCUCACCACCAUAGCAAUGCCUCCUUCUUCCUCUCCUCUCUCCACCAAACCCCGCAAACAAUCUUCAUCCGCCACCGCCAACCACCACCACUCAUCCUCCUCUUCAUCCCUCUUCUGCCGCCACCACUCCCCCUCCGCCACCGCAACCCUCGAUCUCCUCAUCCUAAUCCUAGUCCUCAUUUCCGGCACCUUCCUUCUCACCUCCUACUUCUCCUACAUCUUCAACUCUCUCUCUCUCCUCCUCCCCCCUCUCGUGCUCUCUCACUCCUCUCUCCUCCAUCAAUUCCCCCUCAUCUACCUCCUCGGCUUUCUCCUAUCAUUCGCCCUCGUUGCCGUCUCCUUCGAGAUUUGCUGCUGCGGUGGCUUUGGGUUCGGCUUUCGAUCGCGUAAAUGCGAUAAUCCUAAGUGUAAAGGGCUGAAGAAGGCGUUGGAGUUUGAUUUGCAGUUGCAGACUGAGGAGUGCUUGAAAUCAGGGCCUAAUGAUAUUGAUAAAUUGCCGUGGAAAGGUGGGAGUGAGACUAAUCCUGAUUAUGAGUGCCUUAGAGCUGAGUUGAGGAAGAUGGCGCCGCCAAAUGGCCGUGCUGUUCUUCUUUUCCGGGCUAAAUGUGGCUGUCCGAUUGCUAAAUUGGUCGGUUGGGGACCUAAGAAAGGAAGGAAACAUAAAAAGGCUUUAUCCAAUUUGGCAGCUAAUGGAGAUCAUCGCUGAUUAUGGCUGCAGCCUGCAGAUGUGCUGAUACAAAGUUGAUUUAAUCCUUUUGUGCUCCAAAGUCGGCUGAUUUUUCCAUUUUGAUGGAAGUUGGGAUGUUUAGAGGACCAAACGUCUGAGGGUAGCCUUCCAUCCGAAUUGCAUUUUCAGUACGAUUGUCACUAUGUGGAGCUGCAAGGAUGAAAGCUGUUUAAAAUUUAUUCUAAUGCUAUUCUGGAAUUGUAUUACCAAUUUAUUGCCAAUAAAUAAAUGGAACUUUAUUCCUAUUUAA